UCCAUUGCUUCUUUAUGUGUGCUAUUUACUAAUGAUGCCCAAGGACAAAUUGUUGCUGUAUAAAUACGCUUGACUUUUCCCCUUAUUUGAUUACUGUGCUUCUGGCUGCUACGGAAUAUAACUUCCCCGCUCCAACUUGGACUUCUUACUCUAGUAGCUGGGUCUGGGUCGCGUCAGUAUAGCUAGUUAUCGGUCUCUGGUCACGUGUCUUUGUUCCGUUCGUUACUAGUGAAUUCGUAACGCUUCCGACAUAUCAAUUGGCGACGGUGAUUUGGAAAUAUGGAUCCUGCAAAAGUGGAAUUAUUGCUCGAACAGCAGAUGACACUUAUCAAGAUGCUAACAGAAACAAAAAUUACGACCAAUAGCCAAUCAAGCAGCUCUAAUCCUACGACUACUGCUCCUUCAGUUGAUGGUAUUGCCAGCAGUAUUUCUGAGUUUCAUUACGAUCCUGAAUCGAAUGUUACGUUUGAUAUGUGGUUCCGACGGUAUGAAGAUUUAUUCAAAUUUGAUUUUGCCAAUCAAGAUGAUGCUUGGAAAGUCCGUUUGCUGCUUCGAAAGCUGGGUCCUAGUGAACUUGAUAAAUAUUGUAACCUGAUUUUGCCUCUAAACCCACGCGAUCGCUCAUUUUCAGACACUGUUCAGUCAUUAAGCCAACAAUUCGGAGAUAAUUCCUCACUGUUCAACACACGCUAUCGAUGUUUGAAGCUGACUAUGAACGAAGACACCGAUUUUCUGACGCAUGUGGGCAUUGUCAACCGCGAAUGCGAACGCUUUCGGUUGAAGUCGCUAACUGAAGAUCAGUUUAAGGCCCUCAUUCUCAUCUGCAGCCUCCAAUCGCAAAAGUUCGGUGACAUUAGAACACGGUUACUCAGUCGAUUGGAUCAAGACCCUAAGCUUACUCUAAAUGAUAUUGCUAACGAAUAUCAACGUCUAGUUAAUCUGCAGAAUGACACUACCAUGGUUCAACGUGGUGUUUCUGAUCGCCGUGAAGUACAUGUAGUUCAACAACAAACGAAACCUGUUAAACCCGCUCCAGCUAUACCUAGUUCGUCUCACUCUAACUCAGUUCAACAAGCAAAGACGAAUCCUCCUGCUCCAUGCUGGCACUGUGGUGCAUGGCAUUAUGUUCGAAGCUGCCCGUACAAACAACAUCGUUGCAGGAAGUGUAAAGCUGUGGGCCACAAAGAUGGGUUUUGCGAAAAUAAAAAGUCGAAUCGCCCCAAAAGUACUAAAAAGUCUGCUCCCAAGCCGCGUACAAAUUCGUUGAGUCUUGUAUCAUCCUGUCAGAACUCAACUCCAGGUGAGAGAAAAUUUAUUACCAUUAUUAUUAACGGGCACCCAUUUAGAUUACAAAUAGACACAGCAUCUGACGUGACAAUUCUUUCACGAAAAUCUUGGAUUAAAAUGGGCAGACCACGUAUGGUGUCAACAACACAAAAACCUCGUACAGCAUGCGGUAGUUACUUACGUUUGUUAGGUCAACUACAUUGUGAAGUGUCUUUCCGCGAUUCGACGUUCGCUGGGGUAUGUUACAUUGCACCGGUUGAUCUUAAUUUACUUGGAUUAGAUUGGUUUGACCAACUGCAUUUAGCAGACGUCCCGUUAAACACUGUGUAUCAACUAGUAAAGCAACCCCAUGACCCGGAAGCCUAUUCACAGGAACUAGUUACGAAGUUUUCGACCGUCUUCCAACCUGUUUUGGGUCGGUGCUCAGCCAUGAAAGCAACGCUUCGAUUGAAACCUGGGGUCAAACCUGUUUUUCGUCCGAAGAGACCAGUACCAUAUGCUGCAUUGCAGAAAGUUGAGGAAGAACUUAAUCGCCUUCAACGUGAAGGAGUUAUUACUCCUGUCUCUUAUUCCGCAUGGGCAGCACCCAUUGUUGUUAUCAAGAAGGCUAAUGGUACAAUCCGAAUAUGUGCAGAUUUUUCCACAGGUCUCAACGCAGCCCUAGAACAGCAUCAUUAUCCGCUGCCAGUCCCGGCAGAUUUGUUCACUAUGCUGAAUGGCGGAAAGUACUUUGCGAAGUUGGAUCUUGCUGAUGCCUACCUACAAGUAGAAGUGGCUGAAGAAUCAAGAGAGCUACUCACUAUUAAUACUCAUCGUGGACUGUUCCAAUAUAAUCGACUGCCGUUUGGAGUCAAGACCGCCCCAUCUAUUUUCCAGCAGCUAAUGGAUACCAUUCUAUCAGGUAUCCCGGGGGUCGCGACUUAUCUGGAUGACAUCCUCAUUGUUGCCACAACGUCGGAACAGCUACGGGAACGCACAACAGCCGUGCUCCAACGCGUCAGCGACAACGGGUUCCGGUUACGCCCGGAAAAGUGCCAGCUUUUCUUGAAAUCCGUGAAGUAUUUGGGGUUCAUCUUUGAUGCUGCAGGUCGCAGACCAGAUCCUGAGAACAUUCGAGCUAUAAGAACUAUGCCCACACCUACCAAUAUCUCUACUCUACGAUCAUUCCUGGGAUUGGUUAGUUAUUACUCAGCCUUCGUUCCAUCGAUGCAUGACAUACGCGCCCCACUGAAUUAUCUCCUGAAUAAGGAUACCAGCUGGAACUGGACAAAGGAAUGUGAAAAUGCCUUUUGUAAGCUAAAGACAAUUAUUAGUUCAGAACUACUAUUGACGCACUACGACCCGUCUUUGCCAAUCAUCGUGGCCGCAGACGCUUCAGCCUUUGGGCUCGGUGCCGUUAUUUCACACCAGUUCCCCGACGCGACAGAGAAAGCUAUCAUGCAUGCAUCCCGAACAUUAACCCCAGCAGAAAAGAAGUAUGGCCAGAUAGAGAAGGAGGCUCUUGCCCUAGUAUUCGCAGUGCGUCGUUUUCACAAGUUUCUAUAUGGUCGGAGAUUUACUCUUCUAACGGAUCACAAGCCUCUCCUUGCAAUUUUUGGUUCGAAGUCUGGCGUCCCGGCCCACUCUGCAAACCGUCUUCAACGAUGGGCCUUGAUCCUCUUGGGUUAUGAUUUUGACAUUCAGUAUCGACGCACGCAACAUUUUGGUCAGGCAGACGCAUUGUCACGACUCAUCAGCGAACACUCUACGACCGACGAAGAUGCCGUUAUUGCUUCUCUUUCGACAGAAGACCACGCACAAUGCUACCUGAUAACGGCUGUUCGUGCUUUGCCAGUCUCAGAAUCUGAGAUACAAACGGCUUCCAGAAACGACCCCAUCAUUAAGAAAACGAUGAACUACGUCACCCAUGGCUGGCCAUCAACUAAACUUGACGGUGACAUGAAGCAGCUUUACCAUCGUCGUGACUCGUUAUGUGUUGUAAGUGAAUGCUUGAUGUUUGGAGAUAGAGUGGUGGUGCCAGAAUCCCUGCGACCGAGGGUGCUGAAGCAAUUCCACAUUGGUCAUCCAGGCAUAAAGCGUAUGAAAUCCAUCGCCAGAAGCUAUGCUUACUGGCCCCUCAUGGACCAGCAUAUCGUGGAUCUAGUGAACAAAUGUGCUCAGUGUCAACAAGCUGCAAAGUUCAAUGCGAAGGUGCCGCCGGUUCCAUGGCCACAGCCUGAGCAUCCCUGGUCUAGGAUACAUGUCGACUUUGCCGGUCCAAUCAACGGAACCACUUACCUUGUCGUGGUCGACGCCUUCUCGAAAUGGCCGGAGAUUGUUCCCGUCAAUCCACCAACGACCACCCAGACUCUGAAACAUCUGACUGAGUUGUUCGCACGAAACGGAUUACCGGAAGUGAUUGUAUCUGACAACGGUUCGCAGUUCACCUCGGCGCAGUUCCAAGAAUUCUGCAAACGCCUAACCAUCAGGCAUCUUCGCGCCCCACCUUAUCACCCACAAUCGAAUGGGCAAGCGGAAAGGUUCGUGGAUACAUUCAAGAGAGCUCUGAUUAAGUCAAAAGGGGAGGGGACGCCAGUGGAAACACUGUAUAAUUUUUUACUCGCCUACAGAACGACCCCCAACGACACGCUGCCGGAGCAGAAGUCGCCCGCAGAGAUCCUCAUGGGAAGACGGUUGAGGACCAUUCACAACUUGAUGCUGCCGAAAACCACACCACCACUAGUACAAACCACGUCCCGGAAGCUACCCACGUACAACGUUGGAUGCCCAGUAUUCGCUAGGGACUACAGAGCAAAUCGUGAUCCUUGGAUCGAAGCACGUGUGGUAAGAAGGAUAGGAGAAGUCAUAUACGAGGUUGAGGUGGGAGCAGACAGGUGGACCAGACAUCGAAAUCAACUACGCAAGCGAUUAACGCUAGAGCGCCCAUCGACCGGAGUAAAGAUUCCGCUGGACGUACUAUUGGAUACAUUUAAUCUGCCGGCAGUCCCAACGCAUGAAGAAACACAAAAGGUCGACCUACGGUCUCGAAGAUGGUCACUGCGCCAACGGCGAAAGACAGUCAGAAUGCAAGUGGACCCGAAGAGUGUGCGUUAUUAAAGGGGGAGGUGUUAGGGAUGUUAAAUCCCUAGAACUUACUUGGUAAAUGGUUUAAUCUUGUAAUUUUAUUUUGAAAAUUUGAAUUUAGCUGUUUUCGCGCCAAAAAGCGCUCUUUUACCUUCACGUCAUAUUUCCCACUUGUAAACUAUCUUAAACGCUAUUGGUCCAUUGCUUCUUUAUGUGUGCUAUUUACUAAUGAUGCCCAAGGACAAAUUGUUGCUGUAUAAAUACGCUUGACUUUUCCCCUUAUUUGAUUACUGUGCUUCUGGCUGCUACGGAAUAUAACUUCCCCGCUCCAACUUGGACUUCUUACUCUAGUAGCUGGGUCUGGGUCGCGUCAGUAUAGCUAGUUAUCGGUCUCUGGUCACGUGUCUUUGUUCCGUUCGUUACUAGUGAAUUCGUAACGCUUCCGACAUAUCACAUUUGGUUUACUCUUGGCCAUUUAAUAACUUUACUAGCGUUUAAUGAAUACUUGCGAAUUUAAUUUAGCGUUUCAAGCCGGGUGUUGGGGAGACCCAGAAAAUUCCUCAAAAAAGGCCCUAAGGGGCCCUAAAAACACUGGGAAAUAUUUUAUCUAAUGGGCUUUGAACAGAAGUCUUUCAUAAACAUCCGACAAGUGGAGAGUCACGUCUUAUUUCUGAUUGGAUGAUUACCUAACCUGCUUCCAUGUUUACUAGGGUUCCAGAAAUCUAAGGCCAUCUGAAAUGCUAUGAAUACCCUCGAUUUUCUGCACAUAAACUAACCUUGGAAUAAAGCGUUUUUUCCAUA